CCAACAUAACAUAGAACUUCAUAUGCAGAGAGGUGCAACCCAAGAGUUAGAAAUGAUAAGAGUUGCUGUAGAAGACUUCUUACCAAAGACUAAUCUUGGAAGAUCCUUGUUCGUUUGUGCUAUAUGGAUUGAAAGGGGCAGGAUUAGAUUUCUCAAUUUUUGGAAUUAUGGUUCCAGUUUCUUGAGGCACUUGUUCAUGUUGAACAUAAGGAUGAGUAGUAAAUUAACCUCCUUAAGCCAUGUAGCUCCAUUGUCACAACCCUCUUUACAAGCUCUGCUACAGCUUGUAACUGGUCAACACUCCCUUCAUUUAGUAAUCGUGGUUCCACAAUUUGAAAAAGACCGGUUUUCAUUCAUGCACUUGACAAAGUGGGUUUGGGUCUGUGUACAAGGAUAA